ACUGACCAGGAGGCUGACCCGGAGGCUGAGGCUGACCCGGAGACUGACCCGGAGGCUGACCCGGAGGCUGAGGCUGACCCGGAGACUGACCCGGAGACUGACCCGGAGGCUGUGACUGACCCGGAGACUGACCCGGAGACUGACCCGGAGGCUGAGACUGACCCGGAGACCGACCCGGAGGCUGAGACUGACCCGGAGACUGAGACUGACCCGGAGACUGACCCGGAGGCUGACCCGGAGGCUGAGACUGACCCGGAGGCUGACCCGGAGACUGACCCGGAGACUGAGACUGAUCCGGAGGCUGACCCGGAGGCUGACCCGGAGGCUGACCCGGAGGCUGACCCGGAGACUGACCCGGAGGCUGACCCGGAGACUGAGACUGACCCGGAGACUGACCCGUAGACUGACCCGGAGGCUGAGGCUGACCCGGAGGCUGUGACUGACCCGGAGACUGACCCGGAGACUGACCCGGAGGCUGAGACUGACCCGGAGACUGACCCGGAGACUGACCCGGAGGCUGAGACUGACCCGGAGACUGACCCGGAGGCUGAGACUGACCCGGAGGCUGAGACUGACCCGGAGGCUGAGACUGACCCGGAGGCUGAGACUGACCCGGAGACUGAGACUGACCCGGAGGCUGACCCGGAGACUGACCCGGAGGCUGACCCGGAGGCUGACCCGGAGGCUGAGACUGACCCGGAGGCUGACCCGGAGACUGACCCGGAGGCUGACCCGGAGACUGAGACUGACCCGGAGACUG